AUGGUCAACUCCUGCUGUGGCUCUGUCUGCUCUGAGGAGAGCUGUGGCCAAGGCUGCUGCCAGACCACCUGCUGCAGACCCACCUGCUGCCGCCCCAGCUGCUGUGUGUCCAGCUGCUGCAGACCCAUCUGCUGUCAGUCUGUGUGCUGCCAGCCCACCUGCUGCCGCCCCAGCUGUUGCAUUUCUAGCUGCUGCAGACCUUCCUGCUGCCGUCCCAGCUGCUGCAUUUCUAGCUGCUGCAGGCCUUCCUGCUGCCGCCCCAGCUGCUGCAUUUCUAGCUGCUGCAGGCCUUCCUGCUGCCGCCCCAGCUGCUGCAUUUCUAGCUGCUGCAGGCCUUCCUGCUGCCGCCCCAGCUGCUGCAUUUCUAGCUGCUGCAGACCUUCCUGCUGCCGCCCCAGCUGCUGCAUUUCUAGCUGCUGCAGGCCUUCCUGCUGCCGCCCCAGCUGUUGCAUAUCUAGCUGCUGCAGGCCUCAGUGCUGCAUCUCCAGCUGCUGCCGCCCCACCUGUUGCCAGACCAGCUGCUGCCGCCCAGCAUGCUCUAGCAGUUCUUGCUGCUGA